AUUCGGUGUUGCUUCCACCUCUCCCCUCUCCCUCUUGCUGGCGAUGCCACCGCUCUCCCUUUUGUCCAUACAGCGGCGGUGCCGUCCCCCCUAUACUCCACAUCACGUCGCCCAACUCACCCUCGGUCUUAUUCUUAUUCUUCCUCUUAAUAACAAUCGUAGCACCUCUCAUAGAUGCACAAACAUGUCUUCCUCUCUCUUACUUUCAUGAAAUUCCAAUUUGAAAAGGUGUGUAAUUCAAUCUGUGAUUGUAAUAAAAGUUUAUGAAAAAGUUUGAUUCUUGUGUUUUUGUUAAGUUUGUUAUGACGGAUUCAUCAAGAGAAGAAAGCUUGUAAUCAGAAACGGCAGUGGCGUCGCCAGAGAGAGGGAGAUACGGUGGCGUCGCUGGAGAGAGGCGGCAGUAGCACAAUGAUUGUGAGAACUGAGGAAGAAGGUGAAAGAGCGUUGUGAAUAGAGAAGUGCGCGUAGCCUUGUUUUUCAUUAAAUAUGUGAAUUUUCUAAACUUUUUAAUCUUAGCCCUUGGUUUUAUUUGUUGCCACAUGUCACACAUCCAAAGAAUGAAAUGGAGGAAAUCUAAAUGGAGCAAAGAUGGACUCGGACUCGUCUGUGUUUGUUAGUGCACACACGACAAAUAUCUGUAUGUGAGAUAGAUAAUAGAUAAGUGAUUUGAAGAAAGAAGUGGGAACAGUUGGUGGUUUGUUAUUUCAAUGGAGAAAGCAGCAAGCAGUGUGUUGAAGCAGAUGAACAUCACCAGUCGUCUUGUUCUUCCCGGCAGUUGCUGCUGUUCUUCCUUUCAAUCUUCAUCUUCUUCAUCUCUCCACUUUCCAUUCCCAAUCUCUGUUCCAUUCAAAUUCCGCAGCAGAAGAUCAACUAACUCUGUUUCUGACGCUGCUUUUCCUGUUCCAUCUUCAGUGAUUAAGGUUGCUGCGACGGAUUUAUCUCUUGCGGUGAAGAAGAAAGCAGCAGAUGUAUCCCCUGAGCUGAAAGGGUCCUCCAUAUUUUUGAUUGGUAUGAAAAGCUCACUCAAAACCAAUCUGGGAAAACAGCUGGCCGAUGUAUUGCGAUAUUAUUAUUUUGACAGCGAUAAUUUGGUAGAAGAAGCAAUAGGUGGUGCAUCAGCUGCAAAAUCCUUCAAAGAGAGUGAUGAGACGGGCUUCUAUGACUCUGAGACUGAAGUACUUAAGCAAUUGUCGUCCAUGGGUCGACUAGUAGUUUGUGCUGGAAAUGGCGCUGUACAAAAUUCAACUAAUCUGGCGCUCCUGAGACAUGGGAUUACAUUCUGGAUAGAUUUGCCUUUAGAAAUUGUGGCUAGGGAUGUAACCGAAAACCCGACUCAAUUUCCUUCGUUUGAGAUAUCAACUUCAGGAUCUUACCCAGAGGUAAUGGAUGAACUGUGUGCUCUAUACAAUAAGUACAAAGAUGGAUAUGCUACAGCUGAUGCAAUUAUUUCACUUCAAAAAGUAGCUUCUCGGUUGGGUUAUGAAAGCUUAGAUGACAUUACAACAGAAGACAUGGCUUUGGAGGUUCUCGGGGAGAUUGAGAAGUUGACUAGAGUAAAGAAGAUGAUGGCAGAAGCUGCAAGACCAUUUUAAUCAACCCGACAAAUACUUCAGUUACGAAUUUCGGAAUUCUAAAAGCUCUUAGGGAGAUUGAGAAGUUGACAAGAGUAAAGAAGAUGAUGGAAGAAGCUGCAAAGACCAUUUUAACCAACCUGGGCCAUGCUUCCAUUUACCUGUCAUUUCAUUAUUCUAAAAGUAUUUUUGAAUUUGUUUACAUUUGAUCUUUGAUUAUUCGAAUAAAAUGAUACUAGUUUCAUUUCUAAAAAUAUAAAAUUACUCAUUCAUGUAAUAGUAAAUAUACCUUUUUAUAGUCAUUGUGAUUAAUUAA